CACAUCCUCCGGCUUUCCGUUCGCCAGGUACCCUUCACCCUCAAGACAAAAUGGCCGGCCCAGUACAAACUCUCCCCAAGGACAUCUCCAGCCUCGGUCAAGAGGUCAAGCUCUUCGGCAAGUGGGACACACAAGAUGUUGAGGUGAAGGACAUCUCCCUGACCGACUACAUCCAAAUCCGCCAUGCCGUCUACCUCCCUCACACCGCGGGCCGCUACGCCAAGAAGCAGUUCAAGAAGGCGCAGAUGCCCGUUGUCGAGCGUCUCGUCGACAGCCUGAUGAUGAAGGGCCGCAACAACGGCAAGAAGCUCCUCGCCGUCCGCAUCGUCGCGCACGCGUUCGAGAUCAUCCACCUCCUCACGGACCAGAACCCCAUCCAGGUUCUCGUCGACGCCAUCGUCAACACCGGUCCCCGUGAGGACUCGACGCGUAUCGGUUCGCAGGGUACCGUCCGUCGCCAGGCCGUCGAUGUGUCUCCUCUGCGCCGCGUCAACCAGGCGGUUUCGCUGCUCACGACCGGUACCCGUGAGUCGGCGUUCCGCAACGUCAAGUCCGUCGCAGAGUGCUUGGCGGACGAGCUCAUCAAUGCAGCGAAGGGUUCAUCCAACUCGUACGCUAUCAAGAAAAAGGACGAGCUCGAGCGUGUCGCAAAGUCCAACCGGUAAAGCCGACUCUACACACCCUCUGCGGGGUACUCGGGGCGGAGCUGCUGUACGCGGCGCAUAUGGGUGUCUCUUGCAUUCUCUUUUUUCCAUCUCUACUGCACCUACGACCAUGACGCAACAUGUUACCCAUAUGAAUGCUAUGGCGCUGCGCGAG